UCGAUCGAGACGAGCUCAACUACUCCACGCCUCCCACUGCUACCCGGCUCCCUCACUCUCCUUUCCUCCGCCGUCCACACCCACCCACGCUCGACGCACCCACACACCGGCCCCAUGGCUCCCUCCUCCUCUCCUCCUGCCCUGAAGGUGCGGAGCUGGGCGGAUCUCGAGGCCGGGCCAGCGGGGCUGAUCGCCGAGUGCGUCCUCGCCUACGACGUUGCUGAUUACAUCAGCUUCCGCGCCGUGUGCCGCCCGUGGCGGCAGUGCUCCCCGGCCCCACGCGCGUACGACAGUCUCGACCGCCGGAUACAUCCCCGGCGGUGGAUCAUGCUCCGGGAACCACUCUCCGCUCCCAGCCGCCGGUCCGACCGACGGCUCUAUCCUCGGGAGCGGAUCCGGCUCGCCACUCCCGACUGUCGCCGCCACUUCCUCAGUACAUCCACCGGCAAGUGCAUCCAUAUCGAGAUCCCCGAGCUCCGUGGCCACGACGUGCUUGCCCUCACCGCCGAGGGCCUCCUCGUCCUGCUCGACCGGCCGCAGCGCACCGCCGUUCGCCUUUUCAACCCACUCACGCGCCACCUCACAGAGCUCCCACCACUCACCACGUUGCUUUCACAGGAGCAGCGAGACUGCCUCCUUUCCAGUCUUGAUGUCAGCGCCCAUUUUGGAACCUGGGGUUCCGGCAUCCUCAACCUCAAUGAUGAUGAUUCCACAGUGGUGCUCUGUUUCAACUCCCUCAGCAUGCUAGGUAUGGCCAAGAAGGGCGAUGUGUGCUGGACGCCGCUAAAUAUUUUCAGUCCCAUACAAAUGGCGCCCUUGAUAUUUUUAGGCCGCUUCUAUUGUGUAACCAUACAAGCUGUCAUGGUGCUUGAGGAUCAGCCACCACGGCUUGAGGUGGCUGCCAGGCUGCCUAAUCGGUUUCAGAACAAGGGAGAUAGUGUGCACCUAGUGGACAAUGACGGGGACUUGAUGCUGGUGCACCGCUCAAGGACAGUGAGCAGGUAUGCACGGUAUGGUUACGACGCAUAUCAAGUGGAUUUGGAUGCGAGGACUGUGUGCCGAGUCAACAGCUUGGGUGGCGGAGGACAUGCCUUGUUCAUCGGCAUGUAUUGCUCUCUCUCGGUCACUAGCGACGCUUUCCCGGCCGGCUCGUUUAGCAGUGACACCAUUUAUCUGAGCUUUGACAUUGGUGAGAGGGUUCAAACAGAGGGUUUCCUUCUUGCAGAUAGAAGCAUCAUACCUACUUCCAGCUACAUUCAGAACCACCUUUCAGUGCCACAGCCACAAACUCUGGUCGACUGCCUCUCCUUGUGCAGUACCGGUCAGAUAUGAAAAUUUUAGCAUCUACUACUCCGUACAACCUAAACUGGACUGUCCAGUUUAUGUCUGGUUGCGUGCUUUAUUGAUGUACUUGAAUCCUCUUCAUUUGAAGCAUAUACUAAACUCGUAUGGCUGAGGAGUUAAGCCAUGGGAAGCAAAAAUAUUUUUUCGCUAA